AUGGACGAGGAUAAUUACUAUCUGCAUCUAGAUGAUGAGUAUUUGAUUAAACCAAGAGGAGGCAGUACAUCUUCCUCGCAUCCUAGAAGGCAAGGUUCUUUGGUCAGACCUGAAAGAAAUAGAUUGGAUAAUCCUUCGAAUCCAAAUUACUACUACGCUCAAAAGACAGCUGAACAAAAAAAUAGAUUAAGUGUGUUACCCUCGAGUACAGGUGUGAAUCCAACGAUUCCUAGAAAUAAUACAGUUAGAUCUCGUCGCACUUUGAGCACCAAGAGGGGCCCUAGUAUUGUUGAGGAAGAAUAUCCUCUUACAGAUAUAGGUAAUGACGUUCCUUUUAAAGAUGAUACAAAGUUUAACGAACAGCAAAGUACGUUUGAUCGGCAAGAGGACGAUUUUAAUGAUUAUGAUGAAAAUGCAUUUGAUCCAUACAUCCCAGAUCUGAGGAAAGAUUUUAAUAAAAUAUCAGCAGCACACAAAGAUUCGAAGCCAUCGAUAUCGCUAUGGACCAUGUAUUGCAAAAUAUUAACGUUCUGGAUACCAGGACCUAUUCUUGCACUUUUUGGUAUGCCGGACAAAGAGAGACAGAUGGCAUGGAGAGAUAAAAUUGCAUUGCUGUCCAUUAUAGGGUAUAUUGGUGCAAUUGUUGCAUAUAUUACAUUUGGUUUUACAAGAACAGUUUGUGCAAAUGCAACUAUAAGAUUAGAAAUUAAAGAUAUAAAUACAGGGUUUGUCUCCAUUAAUGGUAAGGCCUAUUUAUUUAACGGAACCGGAACUGAUGGUAGUGAUUUAGAGGUUAAAGGAAAAUACGUUGUUGGGCCAUGGCAAGAUGCGGGUAAAGACGCCACAUUUUUGUUUCAAAAUGUCAACGGGAACUGUAAAAAUGUCAUCGUACCAAAAGAUAAUUGUUCUAUCCCAUACAACAAUGAUAACGAACUUGCUUGGUACUUUCCUUGUAAACUGAAAAAUACUGAUGGUUCUUCAAAACCAAAUUUCACAAAUUCUGAGCACUAUGAUGGUUGGGGUUGUCACACAUCUGAUAGCGAAAGAAAGGCUUACUAUAGUCUAAAAAGCUACGCAUCGGUAUACUUUACAUGGGAAGAUAUUAAAAAUUCAUCUAGAAAUCUGGUGGUAUAUAAUGGAGAUGUUCUAGAUUUGAAUUUAUUGAACUGGCUAGAAUCGUAUGAUGUAGAUUAUCCAACCGAAUUUGAUGAUUUAAAAAAUUCUGAUCUUCGAGGUUAUGAUUUAUCUUUAGUGCUUUCUACAGGUCAUGACAGAAAAAUUGCAAGGUGUUUGAAUGAAAUUAUAAAGGUCGGUGAGAUUGAUUCUAAAACAGUAGGUUGUCUUGCUUCAGACGUCGUUUUAUAUGUUUCGUUAAUUUUCAUUUUUUCUAUUGUUGUAGCUAAGUUUUUGGUGGCAAGUUACUUCCGUUGGUUCGUAACUAAGAAGCAGGGCGCAUUCGAAGUUGACAAUAAGACCAUGGACAGAUAUAUUAACACUAUUGAGGACUGGUCUGAUAAUAUAAAUGCCCAAGGGCCCAUUAAACAGGUUGAUCCCUCGAUGAGACCUGUGAAAAAAGAAUCAGGUUUGUCGGCUCUAAAAAGGAAAACCUCAAGAAUGUUACAACUUAACGACUCGGUCAUAGAUUUAGAAAGUUCUCUAAGUAACAACGCCAUAGCUUCCUCAGGUACCAUUAAUGGGUAUACCACAAUGACUUCUCAAAAUGCCUGGAAAGCUAAUGGUGAAAAUGAAACAAAUGACCAGAGACAAAAUUUCGGCCGUAAAUCAGAGGGUUUAACUUCAUCAUCACUUCUAUGGAACUCUACAACCAUAUCGCCAGCACCAGGUAAACUAUCUGUAGUAUCAUCCCUGGAUCCCACUAUUAUUCAUCCUGAUAUAGUUCAACAGCCACCAAUAGACUACAUGCCAUAUGAUUAUCCCUUAAUUCAUACUAUUUGUUUCGUCACAUGUUAUUCUGAGGAUGAAGCUGGUUUAAGAACUACGUUGGACUCCAUAGCUACAACAGACUAUCCAAAUUCUCACAAGAUGAUAAUGAUUGUUUGUGAUGGUUUGAUCAAAGGGUCAGGUAAUGAUAAGACGACGCCAGAAAUCGCCCUUGGGAUGAUGGACGAUUUUGUUACUCCGCCAGAAGAGGUUCAAGCAAAUUCGUACGUUGCGGUGGCAUCUGGUACCAAGAGACAUAAUAUGGCAAAAAUUUAUGCUGGGUUCUACAAGUAUGACGAUGGAACUAUCCUCCCAGAAAAACAGCAGAGAGUUCCAGUUAUUACUAUCGUCAAAUGUGGUACACCAGAAGAACAAGGAUCUGCAAAACCAGGUAAUAGAGGUAAGCGUGAUUCUCAGGUUAUUCUAAUGUCGUUCCUACAGAGAGUUACUUUUGACGAGAGAAUGUCUGAAUUAGAAUUCCAACUGCUGAAGAAUAUUUGGCAAUUGACCGGACUAAUGGCAGAUUUUUAUGAAACAGUUUUGAUGGUUGAUGCUGAUACAAAGGUGUUUCCAGAUUCUUUAUCCCAUAUGAUUGCUGAAAUGGUAAAGGAUCCUGCAAUUAUGGGUUUAUGUGGUGAGACAAAAAUCGCAAAUAAGGCGGACACUUGGGUUACAGCAAUCCAAGUUUUUGAGUAUUAUAUUUCACAUCAUCAGUCUAAGGCAUUUGAAUCCGUGUUUGGUUCUGUUACUUGUUUACCUGGUUGUUUCUCUAUGUAUAGAAUAAAGGUGCCAAAAGAUGCAGACGGUUAUUGGGUGCCAAUUUUGGCAAAUCCAGAUAUUGUUGAAAGAUACUCUGAUAAUGUUACAAACUCUUUGCAUAAAAAGAAUUUGUUACUUCUGGGUGAGGAUAGAUAUCUUUCAUCCUUAAUGUUGAGGACUUUCCCGAAAAGAAAACAAAUAUUCGUUCCUAAGGCUGCUUGUAAAACUAUUGUUCCGGAUGAAUUCAAGAUUCUACUAUCACAACGUCGUCGGUGGAUCAAUUCUACAGUUCAUAACUUAUUUGAACUUGUACUAAUUAGGGAUCUUUGUGGUACAUUCUGUUUCUCAAUGCAAUUUGUUAUUUUUAUUGAAUUGAUAGGUACCCUUGUUCUACCAUUGGCAAUUUGUUUCACCGUAUAUGUCAUUAUAUUCGCAAUCGUAUCCCAUCCUACGCCUAUUCUUACUUUGGUACUUCUGGCAGUAGUGCUUGGUUUACCUGGUUUACUUGUUGUUGUUACUGCCACUAGAUGGUCUUACUUAAUGUGGAUGGCGAUAUACAUCUGUGCUCUGCCUAUUUGGAAUCUGGUUUUGCCUUCAUACGCUUAUUGGAAAUUUGAUGAUUUCUCUUGGGGUGACACAAGAACAAUUGCUGGUGGUAAUAAAGUCAAGGAAGCUGAAGAAGGUGAGUUUGAUCACUCUCAUAUCAAAAUGAGAACUUGGAGAGAAUUCGAUCGUGAGGAACGAAUGACGGCAGAAACCAGUGGCAUCGACGUUGAUCCAUCUAAAUAUAUUUGA